AACAGCAGUGCACAGGCUGGAGCGGAGGAUUUCUCCGGGCUGCCUGGGCUGCUGGCAGCGCUGCCUCCCGCCCCAGCCUCGCUGCCUGCCCGGGUGCACUGCGGAGGAGGACGAGGUGUCGCGGCGGGGCUGCGUGCCCGCUGCUGCCCAUCCUUGCCGCUGGCAUGGGGAUGCAGUGGCUGGCCAUAACUUUUCUGGCUUUGCCUCUCGUCGUGCGAGCAGCCGCAGGAGGGCAGUGGUGUUACGACUCGCAGGACCCCGAAUGUGGGCCCAGCCACUGGAAGGAGCUGAAAGCCACGUGUGGUGGUGACAAGCAGUCCCCAGUGAACAUCGACAGGCGCCAGCUGCACCGGGAUGGUGGCCUUGGGGACAUCCUCUUUGAGGGCUAUGACCAGGCGCCCCCGGGCAAGUGGAAGCUGACAAAUGAUGGGCACACAGUGAUGCUGAGCCUGGCGAGCGAGUUGGCCUCUGAGCACAUUGCCAUCAGUGGCGGGGGCCUCCCUGGCAGGUACCGCGCGCUGCAGCUCCACUUCCACUGGGGCAGCCCAGCCAGGAACGGCUCCGAGCACACCCUCGAUGGGCACCAGCUCCCGAUGGAGCUGCACAUUGUUCACAUCAACGUCAAGUACCGGACACUGGCAGAGGCCAAGGGGCAUCCCAAUGGGCUGGCAGUCCUCGGCUUCUUCUUCCAGGUCUCUGACACCUCUAACACCAACUACAACACCAUUGUGGCAGGGCUGAGGAACAUCUCCCGUGCUGGGGACUCCGUGGAUUUGGCCUCCACCUUCCGCCUGAGCACCCUGCUGCCAGGUGCCAGCCAGCUCUCUGGGUACUACCGCUACCAGGGCUCCCUCACCACCCCUGACUGCAGUGAGGUUGUCGUCUGGACCAUUUUCGAGGAGCCAGUGGAGAUCGGCCGGGAGCAGCUGCAGGCGUUCGUCAGCACCCUCCACUUCCCAGCCGUCGGCCCUGCACUCCUAAAAAUGACCAACAACUUCCGCCCACCACAGCCCCUCCACAGCCGGAAGGUCUUCGCCUCCAGGGCGGCCACAGCCAGCGGUGGGUCCCCACGCCGGGGCUGCUGCCAGCUCGUCACCCCACUGCUCCUGCUAGCCCUGCUUGGUCCCUGCACAAUAACCCCAUAGAGUCUGGCUCAGCUUUGCACUGUUCUUCACACAAGCAUCUCCCUGCUGCAGUUGCAACGGGGAGGUCACACGUCUGGUUCCUGGGUAAACGGGGGAAAAAAAAAAACCCAUAAGGUAUGUCGCGACCUUGGCUGGGUGAAGAUUUUGCAAACCUAGGUCUCUGUGAGCCUGGCGCCUGGCUGUGAUGCCCCUGUAGCCAGGCAGUGGAAGCCACCACGAGGGGCUGGAAUAAA